AUGUCGUCGGAGCUCACGAGAGAAGAAGAGGACGCGAAACGCGACGCGGAGGAAACCAUCGCGCGUUUAGAUUCGAUUUCGAUUUUCCCCGACGACAACGGCGGCGCAGACUCCAAUUUUAACGAGAAAGAAACGAGAACGAAAGAGGACGACGAAGCGUCGUCGUCCUCCUCCGACGACGAUACAAACGACGACUUAGAGUGGGACCUCGGGUUUUUGGAGAAACGAGAGGAUAAAACCGCGUUACACGCCAUCUAUUUCCCCUCGAAAGUCGGCGGCGACCCGCAGUGGUUGGACCCUUCGGUACACCCUAAACAGAUGCACGAAGCGAACGCGACGAAGCGAAGGAUGGAUUUUCUACUGCAAAUAUACGCCGCGAAUGACGUGGAAGACGACAGUUUGAACGCAAACGCAUUUCACAGAACGAUAUACGUGUUCACAUCCGUCGAUGGGGAUAAAGUGUUCGAGAAAGGAAAAGUAAGAGCGGUGCGCUCGCAACUGGCGAGAGCGAACGAAUUUUACGGAACGACGCCGGCGCCGAGACGAGGCGUACGAGAGAGCGACGAUUUAAGAGUGGAGGAGAUGAUUCGGGAGUUUGAGAUGAAGAAAAGAGCGAUAGAAACGAAGGUGAAGAUGACUUUGAGUGGUGGUAAUGGUAGUGAGAGUAAAGAGGAAGAGGAGGAGAUGAAGACAAAGACGAAGAACGAGAACGAGAACACCGUCUAUCCUGAAUUUGAAAUCGUCGUCGAACCGGAAAGCGACGCGGACGAAGCGAGUUGCUCGUCGAUGGACUCAGAGGGAGUCGUUGCUGACACGAAUGAUGACGAUAAUAAGAAGACGAGUGCGAAUACGAAUAAGAAAAAAAUGUUCCAAAGCAUAGGCGACGAGGCGAUCACCGAGACGGAUUUGAAAGAAAUCGCCUCCGGGGUCAUCGACAGCGACGCGCAACGACUCGCCACGUUUUCGGUGAAACUUGCAAAAUUUCCAGAUCAAGUGCUGAGAUAUUGUCCAGCACAAAACGCAAAAGCCAUGUGGCCGUCAAAAUCACUCGCGCCGGACGAUCGGAACAUCCCGGACUGCCCGAGAUGUCGCGGGAAAAGGAGGUUUGAGUUUCAGAUUUUACCGACGAUUGUUUCCUUCAUCGUUCCGAAAGAGUCCGUGGAAUUGAACGAUUCGAGCUUGGAUUUUGGGUCGAUCGCGGUGUACACGUGUAGUAAAUCGUGCGCUUUAGAGGGCGAGUACGCGGAAGAGUACGUGCUCGUUCAUCCGCCGAUGAAUUCAUAA